UUUUCUUUCUUAAAUAUGACUCUUACUUUUAUUAAAAGCCAAAAAGGUAAUAACUUAUUACUACAAAAUGGAUAUCUCCAUAUUUUUUAUAGUAAUGGUAAAAACAAAUAUAUUUGGCGGUGUACCGAGUAUAACAAAUAUAAAUGCAGUUCGUGUUUUACAAGUAGCAAAAAUGAAACAGGCACAAUACUAAAGGAAUCCUGUCAUUAUGCCGAUGAUUAACUAUUUUGAAGACACGUGGAUCGGACGUCCAAACCGUCGAAAUGGUCGACGCCCGCCAAUGUUUAGUGUCAAUAUGUGGAAUUGCUAUGAAUCGGUAAUACAAGAUCUUCCACGUACGAAUAAUUCGGUAGAAGGAUGGCAUCAUGCAUUCAAUGCAGCACUCGGAGCAAAUCACGUUUCAAUAUGGAAAUUCAUACGCUUCUUAAAACAUGAGCAACUGUUACAAGAGGUUCGAUUGGAAAAACGUUUAUCGGGAGAAGCAAGUCCAACACGUCGUAGAAAGUACAGAGAUCAUGAUAAAAAAAUAAAAGUAAUCGUGGAAAAUUACUCUGAAAUACCAACAGUUCAAUAUUUAAGAGGUUUAUCUUAUAAUGUUCAGUAUUAAUCACUAAUUUUAAUUUAAAUAAUUA